ACUGAAGAGGCUCUAAGGAUUUUCUGAGGAUAUUUUAAGGAAAGACCCGUUCUAAAAACAUUACAGAAGGGUGGGGGGUAUUUCUUAAGGGUUAAAGGAGAUCUCAUGGAAAGAGAUAGAAGAGGAAGUGCGAAACCAACAAAUACAGACUUAUGUUUUUAAAAACGUGCUAGUGACACGGUCAAAGGAAGCUACAUUUCAGUUUGACAGUCAGGUAAUGGGUGUGGGAAGCCACGGCACAGCGAUCACACAUCAAGCAGUCUGACUGAUGUUGCCAGGUGACAUUUUGGAGCACAGGAAACAAGAAACAACCAAGAAAGAAUAAUGAGCAACGUCCAGAUUGUUUUCAACCUAGGUGAUUAAAUCUUGAGGGGACUUCAGGUAGCGAGGUUAGGAGGCUCUCUUAAAAUCCAUUAUUGGAAACAGUGAAAACCAGCAAAUAUUUAGCCAGAGCUAUCAAAAUGGGGACCAACCAGAAGGCCGAAUCUGAACGAGCAGCUCAACAGAUACCAGAGGAGUCCGUAGAGAAAGACAAGGAGGCUCCAGCGGAACCUCCUCAGGAGCCCUCCUCUCCCCCGGACGAUGUGGACCCUCUCAACACCUACAAGUGGCACACGGGCACCAAGGCCGCGACCCAGGAUGUGGCGAGAGACGGCGAAGGCGCAGCGCCAACGCCAUCAACAACAACCUCCGAGAAGGUGGAAAAGAGCACCACCGCCACAAAAUGGAGUAACAAGAUGCAGAAUUGGCGGAAAGCCCUGAGCGAGGAUCCCGGGGACAGGACUGCAUCGUCCAGCCGAGGGGGGGAGACCCCCCGGCCCGAGAAGAACCCGGCGUCCAAGAAGAACCCCUUCAGAAGGGCCCUGUCUGAACCUCCGGGGUCGCUGUUCGCCACCCAGUCCCCGUCUUUGCCCGCCCAGGGUGCGUCGGGACCGGGGCCCGUCGUGGAGGCAACAGGGACAUCCCAAGCGGACGCGCCGCAAAAGGGGGGCGGUGGGGCCUUCAUCAGGAAGUACAUGCGCACCGUCUCGCAGAAGCUCAAGAGACCACGGCUGCUGAGCAGAAACAGCAACUCAGCCCUCCUCCAAGAUGUAGGUGCGAGUGAACCUGCACCAGCUGUGCAAGAGCUCCCCAGACUUCCAUGGGUUCCUCCCCAGGAAGUCCCAGUUUGGGACAUCAACAACUGUGUCCUGGAGGACGGACAGAUCCUCAUCACCCCAGAGGACGAGCCAGUAAUGUGGACCCGGAACAGAGUCAGCAGCUGUCUGUCAAACCUCAGCAUGCAGAACCUGGCAGAUAUCAACUUGGAAUGCAGCCCUGACCACAUGGCCCCCACUGGUGGCCCCAGGAUGAAGGGCCAAGACGGAGGCGUGAGGGGGCUGAUCAAGCGGCGUUUCUAUGGUGGAGGCAUGCGAAAGAGCAACACGCAGUUAAACAACAUUGGGCGGAGCAGGCUCCAUGGUUCACGAGAGUCUGUGUCCAUCCCAGUGAGCAAUGCCGGAAGCCUGGAUCUGAGCGCAGACACCAGCACGGUUAUCAGGCCUGUACACAGCUCCAUCCUGGGGGAGAAAUACUGCUUUGAAGUCAUAAACUCUGAGAACAACCAUUGUUUUGGAUGCACCUCAGCUGCUGAGAGGGACCGCUGGAUAGAGGACCUGAGAAGAGCCGCCCAGCCCAAUAAGGACAACUGUGAGCGGACAGAGAACUCCCUCAGCCUGUGGGUGAAUGAGGCCAAGGACCUGCUCCCCAAGAGGCGCUACUACUGUGAGCUGCACCUGGACGGCACCUUGUUUGCGCGCACCAGCAGCAGAGCUGUGGGCAAGUCGUCCCAAUGCUCCAGCUUGGCUGGCGAUGGCGCUGCUGGAGCCUCGAGCGGAGGCCUUGGAGGCAGCGGCGGGGCGGCUGGUGGCUGCCAGCUCUUCUGGGGGGAGUUAUUCGAGCUAGAUAACUUGCCGUCAAUAUCCCAGUUAACGUUGCACAUCUUUCGUGAUGAAGAGUCCAAAAAGAAACGUCACUCCCGCGAUGAGUCCACUCUGCACCCCUUGGGCAGUGUCACCAUACCGCUGGCCGACAUCAGGGGCAGGGCCUUCCAGGAGAAGUGGCACCCGAUCAUCCCCUACAAGGCGUCUGGUACCGGAGGGACCAAAGAACAACUGGGACCUCAGGCUUCGCUGCGCAUCAAGGCCCGCUUUCAGAACCUGCAAGUGCUGCCCAUCGAGAAGUACAAGGAGUUUGCGGAGUACGUGACGGUGGAUUACGUGGGCAUGUGCAGUAACCUACAGCCACUGCUCUCCGUCAGGGAGAAGGAGGAGCUGGCUGGGGCACUGGUCCACGUCUUGCAGAGCAUCGGCAAGGCCAAGGAGUUUCUCAUCGCGUUGGGAAGUGAAGAGGUGGAGCGCCUUGGGGAGAAGGAAGCGCUGAUCUUCAGAGAGAACACUUUGGCCACCAAGGCCAUUGAUGAAUAUAUGAAGCUGGUUGGGCAGAGGUAUCUCAUUGACACUCUUGGGGAAUUUAUUGCUAGACUGUACACCUCCGUGGAGAGCUGCGAAGUGGAUCCUCGCAAAUGCUCUGCUUCGGAGCUCUCAAACAACCAGCGGAACCUGAGGGAAAGCUGUGAGGAGGUGGUGCAGAAGAUCACAGAGAUGCAUGGCUCGUUCCCUGAAGAGCUGAACAGGAUCUUUUCCAGCUGGGUGGAGCUGUGCGAGGAGCAGGGGAGACCUGAAAUCGGCCAACGCCUUAUCUCUGCCUCGCUCUUUCUACGUUUUCUGUGUCCUGCCAUUCUCAGCCCCUCCCUGUUUGGUCUCACACAGCCCUAUCCAGAGCCGGCCACCUUACGAACCCUCACCCUAACUGCCAAGGUUAUCCAAAACCUGGCCAACUUCACCUUGUUUGGGGAGAAGGAGGAGUAUAUGUUGUUCAUGAAUGACUUCCUACAGCAGCACUGGGAGAGAAUGAGGAGUUUCCUUCAGACUGUUUCCAGCCCUGACAUAGAGAUCACAAUGACAUCAUUCGAUGGCUACGUGGACUUGCCUUUACGCUUGGCUGUCCUGCAUAACCUGCUGGUCGACAUCAUUUCCCCAAUGGAGCAGGUGGGCAUAAGUCAACUUGGCCAAAAACAGGGCGGGGCUAUGAAAAAGCUGAAAGUUUCCACGGACACCAUAGACAAACUGCAUCCAUUACCUUGGAUCCUGAACCAAAUAACAGAAUCGCUAGGCCCUGACAUCCAGCGGAUCGCUGUUAACAGCAACAUUGCUCAAUCCAAGCCGACCUAUGUGCCCCCUAAAGACCUGGGCAAGUACAGCCCUCUGCACAACUCCCUGCAGCAGCUGCCCACGGAUGCGAAGGCUGGCCAUCGUAAGGAGAGUUUUCAGAGGGGCAAUCGGGACAGGAGAAGUGGACGAGAAAGGAAGCCAGUCUCCAGAACCCAGAGUGCUCCCCACAGGCGACCGGUGCAACCAAAGCAACCGCUAAGGAGACAGAGCAGCACCGAGAAUCUACCGCUCGAUGACCAAGAGGCUGAGCAGGAGACCAACCCUCCGCUAGACAUUUCGUCACCACAGAACAGUGUUGGUGUCAAGGCUCCACCUGCUCCGGUCCCUUGGAUCAAAGUGGCUCACAGCAAUGAGCCAUAUGAGAUGAAGACAGAGAACGAACAGAUCAACCUUCUGGACAGGCAUACCCAGGAGCUGUCGGAGCUCCGCUUGGGGGUGGAGCAGGUGACGGAGCGUGAGUUGGAGAUGGCCAAGCGGCUCGAGGACUUCAUUGUCCAAAGCCAAGAUCAGAAUGCCUUCCUUCUGGCCGAGGUCAAUGAGCUGCGGAAUCUCCUGGCUUUGCGCGAGGAACAGCUUGCCAGCGCCACCUUCAGGCUGGGAGUUAUCGAGGAAGAGAGGGAGGAGGAUGAAAGGAAGAUGAACGUUGCCAUGGCAGCAGCUGAACGAAUGAAUGUACUGGAGGAGCAGUUUGCAGAUCUGAUGAAGGAAAGGCAGCAGUUUGGUGGAAACUAUAUAGGUGUUCAGAGCAAUGUACAGUACCCUGAGAUCGGGGCCAAUCAUGUUAACAGCAACUGAAGUCAGAGACUGCCAGCACAGAGAUUUUAAUAUAACCUAUGCAUAGUUUAGUCCCUUGGAAUGCUUUCAUCUUUUUUAAACCAUACUGGCUGCAGAUCCAAUUUUUCUGGAUCUUGAGUCCACUGGACCAAUAGAUCCAGAGUUUCUUGAAGCUUCUGUGAGUGUGGACAUUAUGAUCAACAGCAUGCCACAGGUUAAAAUACAAAGCUGGGCUUUGUUAUACAUUUUGUCACCUUCUGUUCUUAAAUAUGUUCAAUGUACAUAAUUCAAAACAACAGUGUCGGCUGGAUGUUCUGUCGAUAGUGUUUUUGUUUUACAGUAAUUGCACGCUAUACUGUAACAAUAUAUUUGGUUCUGUAAUGUGUACUACUUUAUAUAUUGUGACCUUGCAGUAAUUGAUUCAGCUUUGAUCUAAUUUGCCAGAGUAACUGUUCUCUACAGGCAGAACAGACUGUCGAGAGAAACACAUGUGAAUAACAUGAUUUUCACAUAAACAGAAGCUUUGGGAUACUCUGGAUCUACUGGUCCAGCAGCCUUUUCUAUAUAUAAAGACCCAGAGAAUGAUGUUGGUAUGUCUGAUGUCUCACUUUCUGACAGACCAAUAAAAAUGUCUAUGCAUAAAUCUUACCUUAAUUCCAGUUGCGAAAACAGAAAAUAGGUACAGAAGUCAAAGGUAUCCUAUGUAAUCUUGACAUAACACAUACGGGAUUGACCCCUCUAACUCUGGACCUCCAGGCCAGUCCCACUCCAUGUUUUCAUUGCAACCCUCUAAUCAGGGACUGGUUUAGAUAUAGGUGCAAUUAAUGAUGUGGUAGAACAGAAAACCAGGAGGAUCUCAUACUUGUGGAGUAACAUUUGGAUAACCCGCAUAUAGACUGUACUAAACUGCUGAAAUGGGACGUUUGUGAAGGUGCCUUUAUUGUUUUUACAGAGAACUAAACUGAUUCAUGUUGGGUGUAGAAACCAAAAUUAUUAUAAUGACCUACAGCAAGAACAAUUUGAAUAUAUUGUUUAAUUUAUGUGGAAUAGGCUUAAGCCACAGGUGUCAAACCGGUUCCACAAAGGGCCGAGUGUCUGCAGGUUUUUGG